UUCACAUCUGUUCUCAUGAGGCACUUUGUGUUUAAGAAUUGUGUUCACGGUGUUUUAGAAAGAGUCUGAAUAAAAGUGAACCAGACCCCAAGACUGUGACCUAUGACAGUUUGUGGGAAGACAGAGGUGUGAUUCUCCAACACAGACCUGGAGCUGAGAUGAAGCCCUUGUGCGUGGUCAUCAGAACCCUCCUGCUCCCAGUCCUGCUUCCAUGGCCAAGCUCAGGACAAUUCCAUGUGAUAGGACCAAGUGCACCCAUCAAUGCCUUAGUGGGGGAAGAGGCUGUAUUGUCUUGCCACCUUGACCCAAUGAUGGAUGCUCAGAACAUGGAGGUGAGAUGGUAUCGAAACCAUCCUUCAGGUCUGGUGCAUCGUUAUGGUGCUUCCUGGGAGCAUAUGGAGCAGCAGAUGCCAGAGUACCAAGGACGGACAGAGUUUCUGAAGGAGAAUAUCACCAAAGGGCAGGCAGCCCUGAGGAUCCAUCCCAUUCGCCCUUUUGAUGAGGGGGUGUAUAGCUGUUUGUUUGAAAAGUCCACAUACAACAGUGAAGCACAAUUUGAAAUGUUUGUCACAGGCUCAGGUGUGUCUCCUCGUAUUCACAUUCAACCUGGUAACACUAGGGAAGUUAAGCUGACCUGUACAUCCACAGGGUGGUACCCAGAGCCUGAAGUGCAAUGGAAGGACCUACAAGGACAGCAUUUGGCACCGGAUUUUGAGACAAAGACAAAAGAUAAAAAUGGACUGUUUGAUGUGGAAACAUUUCUAACAAUGGAUAAAAGUUCAAGAGAAGGUGUGUCCUGUCACAUAAGGAACCCAAUCCUCAAUGUGGAGAAGGAAGUGUACAUUUCUGUGUCAGAUUGAUAGCAGAAUGAAGAACUAUCAGAAAUUAACUUUCUGGAGUGAUAGAAGUGCUUCAUGUUGUGAUAGAGAUGAAGGUUUCUUGGAUGUAUGCAUGGAUCAAAAUGCAUUUCCUUGUACACUCAAGAUUGUUGUCUUUCACUCUGUGGUUGUCAUUCUCCACGGUGGUCCCAGUCUUCCUUUCCUCAUGUUAUUGUGUCCUUUUGAAGAUAUUAUCUCACUGAAUCAUUGCUUUGACCAACAGUAUAAGUACAAUGGAUAUAAGAGCACCAAAGAGUAAGUCCUAUGUGGCAUUGCGGCCUCCAUGUUUUUCUCUUGGAUGAUUCACUCUGGGGGAAGUCAACCACCAUGACAUGAGGAUACUCAAGUUGUCCUGUGGAGAGUCUCAUGGGGACAAAACCUGAGGUCUCCUGCUCAUAGCCAUGAGGGUGAGUCACCUUAAAGGGAAUAUUCCAGCCCAGCUAGCCUACACUGAACUACACCUUUAUGGGAGACAAAACCACACCUCCUGACCAAGCACCCAAAUGCCUAAACCACAGAUCCUGAGAAACAACUAAUAUGUAUGAUUAUUUCUGUUUUAAGAAACUAAGGUUGGACCACUAUGGAGAGCUGUGUGAAGAUUUCUGGACCUACUAAACAUAGAGCUUCCAUUUGAUCCAGCAAUUCCACUCCUAGGUAUUUACCCAAAGGACACAGAAACAUCAGUUCCAAAGAACACCUGCACCCCUAUGUUUAUAGCAGCACUAUUUACAAUAGCUAAGCUUUGGAAACAGCCCAAAUGCCCAAAAAUAGAUGACUGGAUC